AUGACUUUAAUAACUUUUCAUAUCAUAGACGAUGUGGGUAAUUUCAACUAUGGACCUGGACAUUACAUGAAACCAAAACGUAUGCAUAUGGUUCACAAUAUGGUUGUGAAUUAUGGCCUUUACAAGAAAUUAGACAUUGUUAAACCAACACGGUGUAGUGCUUUUCAAAUGACUCGUUUUCAUUCUGAUGAAUAUGUCAACUUUCUGCAGACUGUGACACCCGAUAAUUUAGAAACUCUUGCUUUGCAGCAUGGUGGCCUUGAACAAGGCAUUGCACGAUUCAAUGUUGGUGAAGAUUGUCCAGUAUUUGAAGGGUUAUUUGAAUUUUGUUCUAUAUCAGCAGGCGGAUCAAUUGGUGCUGCCAAUAAGUUAUUAAAUGGUGAAGCAGAUAUUGCCAUCAAUUGGUCUGGAGGACUUCACCAUGCAAAAAAAACAGAAGCCAGUGGUUUCUGUUAUGUAAAUGAUAUUGUGCUUGGUAUAUUGGAGCUAUUAAGAUAUCAUCAACGAGUGCUGUAUGUGGAUAUUGACGUUCACCAUGGUGAUGGUGUUGAAGAAGCAUUUUAUACAACAGAUCGUGUCAUGACAUGUUCUUUUCAUAAAUUUGGUGAGUUUUUCCCUGGAACAGGUGAUAUAAAGGAUACAGGAUUAGGAAAGGGUAAACGCUAUGCAGUGAAUGUGCCCUUGAGAGAUGGUAUAGACGAUGAGACAUAUAAAAGCGUGUUUCAACCUGUUAUUCAGCACAUCAUGGAUUGGUACAGGCCAGGAGCUGUCGUCCUUCAAUGCGGUGGUGAUUCGUUAUCAGGUGAUCGCUUAGGCUGCUUUAAUUUGUCUAUGCGUGGUCAUGCUUCUUGUGUGGAAUUCAUUAAAUCGUUCAAUAUACCAAUGAUGAUGGUUGGUGGUGGUGGAUACACAAUUCGAAACGUAGCUAGAACUUGGACGUUUGAGACUGGUUUGGCUGUAGGGGAAGAUUUAACAGAACAAGAACUACCAUACAAUAAUUAUUUUGAGUACUAUGGACCAGAAUUUAAACUAGAUGUGCCUUCAAACAACAUGACAAACCACAACACACGCGACUAUUUAGACCGUAUUAUUGCCAGAAUUAUUGAUAAUCUUAGAACACUGCCAUUUGCACCAUCAGUUCAAGCGCAAGAAGUGCCAAAAGACUUUAAUCCAGAUGAUUAUAUUGAGGGUGAAGAUAGCGAAGCAGAAGAGGCAGACAUUAGACGAACACAACGUCAAAAAUUAGAAAGUAUGGGUGUAUUAUGA